ACAUUAAUGACAGAUAGACCGUCUUUCAAUUGCAAUUUUCAAAAUAUUUGUUAGCGCCAAUAUUUCAUCAGUUUUAUAUUUUUAUUAUUUUUUGUAUUCAUUUCUAGUAUUACUUUGUUAUUAUUUAGUAUUGAAAAUGACCUCAUCACCAAGAUUCAAGCAUCUGGAGAUUGGGCCAAAACGAUCUCCAAUAGAGAUUAAGGAGAAAAUGAGGAAGAAUUACAAAAAUAAAAUUCAAAAUUGUCGUGUUAUGUUGAUGGAUAAACUGAGAGGGUCUCUAAUAGAGGAAGAUUUAUGCACUGCAUUAACUGAUAUAUACAAAUCUAUGUUUAAUUUUUCCGAUGAAAUUAUCAGUGAUGAAGAAUAUGAGCUUAUAGAGGAACUGAAAAAAGAACUGGUGCAAGAAGAGUUAGAGUGGUGCAUGAAAGAAUAUGAAAAAAGCCAGCAGGAAAAUGUUGAUUGGUCUUUAGUAGAGGAAGAUAAUAAUGUCAUAUGUCCUGUGUGCCAGAAAACAAAUCUUCAACUUCAAGUUGAUUGUCUGACUUGUUCUAACUGCAAGAGUGAUAUAAAGACAAAACUCUCACUGUCAGACAUAAAAAAAUCCCUUUUAAGUUCUUUGGAAGCACAUAAUGCUUCAUGUAACAAUGAUGCGCAAUUUGGUGUAGUUUCAGAAGAAAAUGAAAGUCAUAUUUACCUUAUUUGUGAAAGUUGUUCUGAAAUGAAAUUAAUAUUAUAAAAAAGAACAAUUGGAAAAUUGAUUUGCUCACUCAUGAACAAUAAUUCAACCAGUUUGUAAUAAACAUGUACAUAGUAGCUUCUACUUAUUCUUGUUUUGUUAUCUUUUGUUUUUUUAUAUCGUAUUAGUAAAAACAUGCCAACUGUUGAUCAGUUACAUAUUUUUGUAAAAUUAAUCACCUAUGUUAAAACUUUUCUUAGAUUUAGGGUGCUUUUCCACCAGAGAUGUGCUAUGUAGCUAUGCUACUAAGAUGUAGUAGCUAAACUGUGAAACUAUAUGACCAUUUCCACUGGUAUUAAGCUAUGUAGCGAGUAAGAUGUGUUAUGAAGAAGCGCCGCCGCAAACUGUGCGAGGGAGAUGCGCAACUUGAGUAUGUGAUGAAUUGAUAGUAGCCAUCAAAACACUUGUCUUUACAUUUAAAAACAUAACUUACCUGAGUCUGAUUCCACUAGUGUUAAGCUAUGUGUACCAUUGACAAACACACAGCCACUUAGCAUAGCAUAUCUCUGUUGGAAAAGCACCAUUAUAAUCAGCAUUUUAAAUGUGAUUUAGUAAUAAAAAUUAUUUACUUAUAUGAAACAAAAGUAGUUUUAAGUCUGUGAUAUGAAAGUCAUAAGUGUAUGAUUGUAAGAUUUGUAAGUAUAAAAUGCAAAUCCUAAUUAGCUAGGAAGUCCUAAAGGUAUUUUGUUAGCUGCUGUAGUAUGACAAAUUGACAUAAUUCAUAUCUAGUAUUCUGUUGAAUAUACCCAGUAUAAUUAUACCUUAUCUAGAUAAGAGGGAGCAAUCAAAGUAUAAAAAAGAAAACUAAUAAAAACUGCCAGUUUCAUCAGCUAUAGUUAAAGUUGAAUAAUUUAUUACAAUCAGACAAAUAUUGCAAUUUCACUUUUGAAUUUAAUAUUUCCAGUAAGAGUAGAGAGGUCAAUUGCCUUACAUUAAGCAGAGGUUUGUUUUUAAUAGUUUUCUAUUCACAUCAACAUUCUAUAAGUGGCCACUGCUGCCCAAAGGCCUCUUCUCACGCGGAGAAGGUUUGAGUAUCAAUCAUCACCAUACUUGCUCAAUGCGGGUUACCUUGUUAUGACCUUACCUGCCUCACGAUGUUUCCCUUCGCCGUUUUUCGGUGAAAAAGUCACAUAGGUACUAGCCAUUGGUAGAUUUCGAAUCCGCACCCUCAUGCAAAAGGGCAACCCUCAUAAAUCGUGCAUAAGAAGCGAAUGUCUUAAACCUCCGGGCAACCACGACAAUUUUCUAUUGUCAAAAGCCCAAGAUUCACUAUCAGAGAUAUAAGCAGCAUAAUCGAUAUCUGUCACGCUCAAGUACUAACUUACACUAAAUAAUUGUAAAAAUCUGUUGACAGCCCUUUUUUCUUCUAUCACCAAAUCUUUAAAAUCCAAUAGGUUCCCACAAGUCCAAUUCUUUUAUUGCAUGUUAUGAAAACAAUGGUUUAAUUUUUAUUAAAUAAAUGGUUACUUAUUUGA